AGUCUUGCACAGGUGUACCGGCUCCUCCCCUACAGUCUUGCACAGGUGUACCGGCUCCUCCCCUACAGUCUUGCACAGGUGUACCGGCUCCUCCCCUUCAGUCUUGCACAGGUGUACCGGCUCCUCCCCUACAGUCUUGCACAGGUGUACCGGCUCCUCCCCUUCAGUCUUGCACAGGUGUACCGGCUCCUCCCCUUCAGUCUUGCACAGGUGUACCGGCUCCUCCCCUUAAGUCUUGCACAGGUGUACCGGCUCCUCCCCUUCAGUCUUGCACAGGUGUACCGGCUCCUCCCCUUCAGUCUUGCACAGGUGUACUGGCUCCUCCCCUUCAGUCUUGCACAGGUUUACCGGCUCCUCCCCUUCAGUCUUGCACAGGUGUACCGGCUCCUCCCCUCCAGUCUUGCACAGGUGUACCGGCUCCUCCCCUUCAGUCUUGCACAGGUGUACCGGCUCCUCCCCUUCAGUCUUGCACAGGUGUAUCGGCUCCUCCCCUUCAGUCUUGCACAGGUGUACCGGCUCCUCCCCUCCAGUCUUGCACAGGUGUACCGGCUCCUCCCCUCCAGUCUUGCACAGGUGUAC